UGAUGCUGAGUCCCUGUUCUUCGUCUGCGCUUCUCGUCGUCCUCAAGAAGUGCAGCAGCAUCAAACACCUUCACCAAGUCCACGCUCAAGCCAUCGCCAAUGGCCUCCUCUCCGCCGACCCGACCCCCGUCCUCGCCCGCGUCCUCUUCGCGUUCACCGCCCUCAUCCCCACUACCUCCCCACCGAGCCUGAGCGCCGAGGUAUCACGGGGCUACGCCUCGUCGGUGUUCAGAGCCAUCCGAGACCCGUCGACGUUUUGCUACAACACCAUCAUCAGAGCCCACACCCUCCUCUCUUCCCCUGUCUCCGCCCUCCUCCUGUUCGUCGAAAUGCGCCGCCUCGGCUUGCCCCUCGACUUCCAUUCCUUCCCUUUUGCUCUCAAGGCCUGUGCCCAGCUUCAUGCUCUGUCUCUGGCUCAGGCCCUCCAUUGCCAAGCCUUCGAGCUCGGGUUGGCAGCUGAUCUUUUCGUCGUCAACUCUCUCGUCCGCGUGAAUUCUGUGUGCGGUCAUGUGGCCGACGCGCGCAGGGUCUUCGAUGAGAGUUCUUGCCGCGACGUCGUGAGUUUCAAUAGCAUGAUCGACGGCCUUGUGAAGUCGGGCGAUGUCGAGAGCGCGCGGAGAUUGUUUGAGGAAAUGCCCAAACGAGACGCUGUCUCGUGGGGUACUCUGGUGACUGGUUAUGCACAGACAAACCAGUGCGAGGAGGCUAUUGGGCUGUUUGAUCUCAUGAUUGCUUCAGGCAUUCGGCCUGAUAAUGUCGCCAUUGUUUCUGCUCUCUCUGCUUGUGCGCAGCUGGGCGAAAUUGAUCGAGGGAAGAAGAUACAUGAAUAUAUCAGGCAAAAUGAGAUUCGAAUAGAUCCUUUCUUGUGCACCGGGUUGGUCGAUAUGUACAUGAAGUGUGGUUGCAUCGAAAUGGCGAUGGAGCUGUUUGAGACAAGCCCGGAAAAGAAUGUGCUCACUUGGAAUGCCCUGCUUGUAGGGCUAGGAAUGCAUGGAUGUGGUCAUUUGUCACUAGACUACUUCUCAAGAAUGGUUUCCUCAGGUUUGCGAGCUGAUGGAGUGAGUAUUCUUGGAGUUCUUGUUGGUUGUAGCCAUGCCGGUCUAGUCCGUGAAGCCUCUGAGAUUUUUAACGAGAUGGAAUCCGUAUAUGGUGUUGCCCGAGAGCUCAAGCAUUAUGGGUGCAUGGCCGAUUUGCUUGCCCGGGCUGGCCUGGUCAAAGAAGCUGAAGACAUGAUACAUAAGAUGCCAAUGAGAGGUGAUAUCUUUGUCUGGGGCGGGUUGCUUGGAGGUUGCAAAAUACAUGGAAACGUUGAGACUGCAGAAAAGGCAGCCAGGAAUGUGAUGGAGUUGUGCCCUGAAGACGGUGGAGCGUACUCGAUCAUGGCUAACAUAUACACAAGCGUGAACCGGUGGGAUGACGUGGUCAGGACUAGGAGAUCACUGAGUGCUAGUGCCGCGAAGAAGAGCUCCGGCUGUAGCGUGAUUAAACUAAAUGGGAUCAGCCAUGAAUUUCUUUCUGCAGAUGGCUGGCAUCCUCAAAUUGAGGAGGUGUACUUUGUUUUACAUUUAAUAGGACAACAUCAACAGGAAGGGUGAUAUUAACUUAUGCUCCACAUCAUGCACAUGUCAAACGCGCCAAUAUUUUUUUCUGGAAGCAAAUUUACCGAUUCCCAUUUGAUGUAGUAAUGUAUGUAAAGUCAAGAUGUCCAUUUAUCGAAGUUACUAUGAUCCAAGUAAG